AUGUCUCCUGUCCCAAAGGUUGAAGUGCAAGAGAUGGCCCCAGCAAACGAAGCGAAUGCCAUGCGGAAUUCCAUGAAGCAAAGUAGCCUACCUAUCACAAAAAUACAAGGAAACGAAUGCAUGGAAUAUCCAUCUCUGAGCCAGAUCAUAUCUAGUUUGGCCCCAAUGCCCCCAGGAUUAGCCCCUGCGGUAUCCGAGCCUUUGCCUCUUGAAGAACAACGAGCCUUGUUUGAUACCCUUGAAAAAACUCUCGGGAUGGCGGAGACUAGAUACCAACCCAGUUUAACAGCUAAGGCUGAAGAAGAUAAUCCUUCCUUCAAGCAAGUCGAUGCUCUUUUCGAGGGCCUCCAAGAUACUCUGUGUAGGCUCUGGACAUGCAGGUCAAGCUUCAUGGUGCAAGCUGCAGAGGCUUUGGCAAACGGAAGUAGGAACCCAUUGUGGCGACUUCCGUACGGACAGAGUGGUGUUUUAACCUUUUUUCUCCAACUUAUUGCUUCCAAGGAGGAUGUCGACACUGGUCUACUCCUCCAUGCUUUGCGAUUGAUUGGGAAUUCCUGUGCCGACACUGACGAAAAUAGAACAAUCGUUGUGAAAGGAAACUACAUUUCUGCUAUCAUCCAACAUCUUUUGAAUCCAGAACUCAUACAGAUAGUAAUACCUGUUAUCUACAAUAUUUGCAUUGAUUUUGAGCCUGCCCAGUCUCAACUGGCUGCAAGUAAAAUAGUUUACAUAUUUCUGAAAUUACUAAGGGAGGAUUCAUUCAAGGAACACGAAACUUUACUCGAUUUUGUCUAUGAGCUCAUAGAACUAACUACUGAGCAAGAACAAGGGAUAGAGUUGUCACCUGAUGAAACCAUCUCGCUUCUUAUUGAUCUUGCCGUUCAUAAGGGCAUUGCCCAUACCGCUGCUCGGUUCUCUUGCAUUGUGACUUGCUCGAUGGCGUAUCUCGAUAAUAAACGGUUUCAGAAUCUUUGCAUAACAAGAUACAUGGUAGCUGACGUAUUGUCGAUGCUCAGCAAAUCCUUAAGUUUCGACGCAGAACGGUCCUCCACUGAUGAUAUUCAAGUACUGGCACAGGUUCAGUUAAGGAUCAACCAAACGCUAGCAGAGAUAUCUGGGGCAUCAUUAUUCGCUGAAUACUACCCCCUUGGCUCUGAUCUUUCAGGGAUACUGAGAAGCUGGCUACAGAGAACGGAGGAUCAACUACAGAUCUGCUCCUGUGUCAUGUUAGGAAACUUGGCGCGUUCAGAUGAAAUAUGUCAAGCGAUGGUCCGAGACCUGAGCAUCCACCGGGAUUUGAUAUCAAUCGUUAAGAGUGACGCCAGAGGACCCGUGCUUCAUGCUGCACUAGGAUUCUUAAAGAAUUUGGCAAUCGCUGGAGAUAAUAGAUUGCAUCUGGGACAAGCUGGUAUCAUCCCUGCGGUCUCUCAUCUCUGGGAAUACGAGACGCUACCACAAGUUCAAUUCGCAGCCACCAGCAUCGUACGGCAGGUGAUCAUUGCUUCCUUUGAAAAUGUAUCACAAUUGCUAGAUAUUUCCCCCGAGGAUGAACACCACAGUACCUAUCUCUCACAGUUGCUUUCACUGUUCAACAAAACGGACUCCACUCCUAUUAGGACUGAGAUUGGACGCAUCAUAGCAUCCAUCUGUCGUACUCUCAUCCCGAAAUCACGUGAACAGAAUGAAAAAGCAGAUGCCACCCUCAAGCAUCUCUUUAGCAUUCACGAAGGCAUUGCCUUCCCAAUAGGUGCUAUGAUAUCUCAAUCACAGUGGCCCGUUGUUCGGAGCGAAGGCUGGUUUGCCCUCGCGUUGAUGGCAUCUAGCCAGUCGGGUUCUGCUGCUGCUGUGGACUGCAUAGAGAAGAUGGGUCUGUUCCCAACUCUUGAGCAAAACUUGACCGCAGAAUCCCUUGGCUCAAUGGACGAAGCGGACAAGUUGCAGUUAAUCAAAGAUCGUGACAACAUAAUCGUGCUCAUCCAGGAAAUAUUGAAACAAGAUCCUAUUCAACUUUCAGAAUCGGCCAAAAGUACGCUACAAGGCCUGAUGAACAGCCAGGUCUUGCGGCACCUGGAAAGCACCAGAGAACGUUGA